AUGGCUAGGUUCCCACGAGUGAUUGGCGCUAUCGAUGGCACGCACUGUCGCAUCAAAAAGCCGUCCAUUAAUGAGAAUGUUUAUGUAAACCGUAAAGGCUUCCACAGCAUCAACGUGAUGCUGGUUUGUGACUGGAACAUGAUCAUAAAUAACUGUGUGGCAAAAUAUCCUGGAGGAUCGCACGACGCCUUCAUACUACACAGCUCCGCUCUGGGCCAAGCAUUUGAACGCAACCCACCAAACGGAUGGUUGUUGGGGGAUUCUGGUUAUCCUUCAAAAAGAUGGUUGCUGACACCUCUUGCAAAUGGAGCUGCUCAAUCCAUCGAAGAAAGGCGCUACCAAAGGAGGCAGAUCAAAGCUAGGAACGUGAUUGAGAGGUGCAACGGUGUUUUAAAGCAACGUUUUAGAUGCCUGCGUAAGGAAAUGCAAUAUUCCCCUGACAAAGCCUGCUUGAUAAUUCAAGCUUGCUGUGUUCUCCACAACAUCGCAGUCCGAAGCAAUAUACCAAUUGUAGAGGAUUCCGAUGAUUCGGAUGAUUCCGACAGCGAUAGCGAUGCCGGAGAUGAUGAUUUUCCUGAAAGGUACCGUGAUAUGACAGGAAAUCAGAUACGCCAGGAUAUCAUAGACACUCUCCGCUAA